AGUAGUCAGCCAUCUCCAAGGGAAACAAGUAUUGUGUUUUGUCAAAAAUGUUUACCAUAUCGAAUCGGUUCAGCUUAUAACAAGACGUAUAAAGUUAAGUUAUGAAUUUAGGAAAAGUAGAAACAGAGUCUUAUAAAGAAAAGUGUGAAGAGAAAAAAAAUGCCGAAGAAGAAAUACAAAUUAAUAAGUUUUUAGAUUUCAUAAAAGUUUCUUGUCACGUAAAUAAUGUUGUAUCAAUGCACACUAAUCAACAAGGUCAUUUGAUAUGUAAUUCAUCAGAAAAUCAUCACUCAGAUAUCCCGAAAGAUGAACUGAAUUUCGAAACAAUGGUGGAUAGAGAGAUCUUUCAAGGUAUUUUGGAACAGAGAUUUCAGAAUAAAAUUAUGAAGCCAAAUGUUGUAGAAGGUGGUGAAAUCUCUUUAAGCGAAAUAGAUGAUAAUAACCUCUCCCAAAGGCGAAGUACCGUGGGAUUGGCCAUUGGAUCAUUUUCUCGACGUAGUUUCAAGAAAUUAGAAAGCGGUGUAAAAGUGAAAGAAUGUGCGGAAACAAAAUUAUAUAAAAAGUUAGAUUAUGUUAUUAAUGAAGGAAUGGCUGAUUCUGUUCUCUCGUUUAUUUGCCCAAUACCGGUACCAGCUUCUUUUCCAAAUCAAUUAAAACUUAAACAUGGCAAUAAAAAGGAAUCGUUUAAUUCUAAACAUAUACUUUUGGAGAAUGCAGGUUCUGUAAUAGUGAAUAAUAACGGAAAAUGUAAUGAAAUUGAAAAUGUUAAUGACAGAAAAGGAUUAAAUUGUGGAACUUAUUUGAACGAAGCGAAGUCAAUGAGAAAGUUAAGGACUUCAGGAGAUACAAAAGAACCUGAAAUUGUUAUCCAUGUAUGCGAUGAGGUUAAAAAUACUACCAGGGAUUUUAGUUGCUCACAACGGUUAUUGGUGAGUAAAAUGGGAUACUUUGCUGAGGUUACAGCUGGACAAAAGCUUGAUGAAAUGGACAUUUCGGUGCAUUGCGAUUUACAAAUAUUCGAUUGGUUGAUAAAGUGGAUGAAAUUAAAAGAUUUUGUUGAAUCAUCAGAUUGUAAGAAAACCACAAUUGAAGGAUCAGAAGAUAUGCCACGAUUGGAUGCAAACAAUGUAAUUCCAAUAUUGGUAUCUGCUGGAUUUUUACAAAUGGAGCCAUUAAUUUUGGAAUGUUUAUCUUUUUGCCAUGCACGGUUAUGUGAUGUUGUACGAUGUUCCUUAAACCUCUCCUGUUUAAAUGAUUCCAUAAUCACGCGGUUAGCUGCUAUGUUUACCAAUUUAGAAUUGGAAAUGGUGCGAGACAAAAAGGAACGUUUAGCCCCGCGUUUGUGGAUAAAGUUAAUUCAAAGCCUUUGUGAGCCAGAGCCAGAGGCACUGCGAGGGCACUCUUAUAGUUUAGCUGGCUUGUUUCGAUGUUCAAGAUGUGGUGAACAUCUUACAAACACCAUUAAAAGUUACAUUCCCUGUCAACCUAACAACACACGUUUAACGCGGUGGGGUCAACUUAACAGCCUUCAUGUGCGCGACAACCUGUGGAACAUGAAUAACUUUAUUGCGCAGAUAUUUAAGGAACAUCGGUCAUGGCGUAGGGUUUAUUGGAAUCUUUGGGGUCAUUGCCAUUUUCUAUAUUGCUGUAUAUGUGAAUCACAUUUUCCAGUAUACAAGAUGACAUGGUGUCGUUUUCAUCCUCUUAGUCCAAAUUAUAUGGAAUCAGUUAAUGAUGAUUUCAUAGCCGGGCCAGUUGGUCGUUAUCCUUGUUGCGGACAAAAAGCAUUUCGUUUUGAAACAUUUCCUGAAGCGAAUGGAUGCCAUUUUCGUGAGCAUAGUGUACUUGCAGAGACCGAUCGAGAGCGCCAGAUUUUACAAAUAAUUCAGGUUAUACCUGAUGAUUGCAUACUUUGUGAUCCACCAGGUGAAAAUUGUAGGACUUCGGAAAAAAUUCACCCUUGGGUUGGAGUGCCACUUACUCCGCAACAAUGCCGGCAGGGAUUUUUGCCUGCUAUGAAUGCUGGAGACCAUGAUGGGAUUUCAAUUAUCGACGAUUCUUGCAGUGACAGCAGUGGCAGCGAAUCACCUUUCAAUAUACAUUGCCGAAACAAUAAAAUUAACACAAACAAAUCUGAAAUUGAUUUUAGCAGUGAUGGUUGCGAAUCAGAAAAGACAUGUUCUGAAGUAUUGACCACCAAAAAAUUAAAAAAAAAUUUAAAUUCCGGUCGUAAUUGGUUUGGAGAACUAUCUGCUCGAAGUAAUCAAGAUCAUCAGAGAGAAUUCGAAGAACGGGCUUUGAAAAACAUUGUACUUCAAAUAAAUAAAAAUUAUGGAUUAGAUAAGAGCGUUCUUCCAUGCGGGUCGGUUGGAGGCAUUUAUGUGCGUCUAGAAUCCGAAUGGAAGGAUCAGCUAAAACAUAGAACUUCUUCAAACCCUAUGAGCAGUUCAUCGUCGUCUACUAUCGGAAAAAACAAAUAUAAAUAACCGACUUUAUCAUUAAUAUAUAUUAAAUAUAUUUUCAAUACGACACGUUAAGAAAUGUAUAUAUAUUACCAGGCAGAUGUGUCAAUUUAAUUUAUUAACUAACAAACUAGCAAAACAUUAUAUA